GCCGCCAAAGCGCACCCACACUCAAGGACGCGCCCUCAGAAACUUCGCUCUUCCCAUUUCCCAGGCAAGCAUACAUCCCAACAUGGCAUUCUCAGUCUCCACAACUCCAUCAACCACUUCCACUCUCCAUCUGAAGCAAGCCCACUACUUUCCCUUGUUCACUUUCCACUUCAACCAGCUCUUCCCACUCUCAGUCUCCUUCCCAACUCCUUCCUCAACUCCCACCAGACUCCAUAUCUCUGUGUGCGCCGCUGCUAAGUCGCAGACUGGGCCUGUAAAGAAGCGCUCACCCUCGGGCACUAACAACAACAAGAAGAAAAAGCGUAAGGGUGGUGGUGGUGGUGAUUCAGAGGAUCUGAGCUUGAGUGAUGUUGAAAUUGUGGAUAAUUUGGGUGCUGGUGGAGUUGGGUCUUCCGGAUCCGGUUCGAGUUCGAGGUCGCUUGGUUUCCAUCCUACGCCGCUGCCAAAACCACCAGCUGGGUUUGUGGUGGAUGAUCAUGGGAAGGUGCUCAUGGCUUCUUCCAAGCGAAUUGCUUCCAUUGUUGAUCCUACCAAUAAUUUCCCUUUAGAGUGCGUUAUAAGGAGAGUGUUCAGAAGCUCGCGGGGAGAUGAAUGUAUGCUGCUUUGCCCAGUUGACACGCCUGUUCAAAUAUUAAAGAGCACAAACAUAGAUGGCUGGUCAGCUGUCAGUGAUGAAGAAGCUGAAGUUAUUCUUCCCGCUGCUGCUUAUGCCCUUGCCAAGAUACACAUGCAUCUCGUACAUAGUGGAUUCUGUUAUACAGCACGGGGAGGCUUUUGUUACUCAGAGGAUGACAUAUUUGAUUUCCGGACAGAUGAUGGUCAAGAUGUAGAUGGCUUGCCCACUGAGGGGGUAGAAAUUACGUGUUUCCAUUUGGAUGGAGCACAUUACAUGAUUUAUACACCGUCUGAUCCGCUUCUCUUUGUUGUUGUAAAGAAUAAUGAUGGUCUGUUGCAAAUUGCUGACGAUGACCUGCUGGAGGAUCCUGCAAUCAUUAGUGCCAUAGAUGAGGAGACUGAGUUUAAUGCCUUGGUGGAGGAAGAAGCAGCUCUUCUUGAUUCAUUGCUAGGAAAAGAAUAGCCAAAUCUUUCUGAGCUGAGGUGUUUUUAUAUGCCAAAUCUUUCUUUUCCCUUUGUCAAUUUAACACAUGCGACAGCAGUUCUGCGGAUGGGACCUAGAAACACAAACAUUUGAUUUUUUGUUUUCACUCAUUUGUCUUUUGUAUAUAAACUUUUUCUUUGGUUAUGCAGUAUAAAUAUAUUCGUGUAGCUCAUUA